UGGCUGUGGGAACCCUGGGUGAGACAAGAGGCCCAGGGUGGGCCCAGCUGCUGGUGGGGUGAUGCGCGCCCUGCUCGUGGUGUCAGCUGAGCACCAGUGAGAGAUGGAGGACAGCAGAGCCACAGGCCUGGGGUUCCCCCGGCUGUGAGCACCAAGGGAGCUGCCCUGCUUGACCUGGAGCCAUCUGUCCAUCUUUCCUUCUGUCUCUGCAUCCAUCCACCUCUCCGCAGAGCUGAGGCUUCACCCCAGAGCAUCUGUGCAGAGUGAGGAAAGGACAAGAACAUGCUCUAAAGUCCUCUGCAAGAAGACCCAGGAAGCUGUGAGCUCAACCCAAACCCUGAAGCUGCCCCGCCCCCCCCGCCCACCAUGGCCUCCGCUGACGAGAAUGGCGAGAGCGUCUCCUCGGUGUCCAGUAGCCGCCUGCAGAGCCGGAAGCCACCCAACCUAUCCAUCACCAUCCCUCCGCCCGAGACCCCGGCCCCCAGCGAGCAGGCCAGCGUGCUGCCCCAGAGGCCCGGGAACCCAGCCUUCCUGAAGAGCGUCAGCCUCCAGGAGCCGCGGGCACGAUGGCAGGAGGGCGGCUCGGAGAAGCGCCCUGGCUUCCGCCGACAGGCCUCGCUGUCCCACAGCAUCCGCAAGGGCGCAGCCCAGUGGUUCGGGGUGAGCGGCGACUGGGAGCUGAAGCGGCAGCACUGGCAGCGCAGGAGCCUGCACCACUGCAGCGUCCGCUACGGCCGCCUCAAGGCCUCGUGCCAGAGGGACCUGGAGCUCCCCAGCCAAGAGGUGCCCUCCUUCCAGGGCACCGAGUCUCCAAGACCCUGCAAGAUGCCCAAGAUUGUGGAUCCCCUGGCCCGAGGACGGGCGUUCCGCCACCCGGACGAGGUGGACCGGCCCCACGCCCUGCACGCACCCCUGACCCCUGGGGUCCUGUCCCUCACCUCCUUCACCAGCGUCCGCUCCGGCUAUUCCCACCUGCCCCACCGCAAGAGGAUCUCUGUGGCCCACAUGAGCUUUCAAGCUGCCACAGCCUUCCUCAAGGGGCGCUCGGUACUGGAUGCCACAGGACAGCGGUGCCGGGUGGUCAAGCGCAGCUUUGCCUACCCCAGCUUCCUGGAGGAGGAUGCGGUCGAUGGAGCAGAGACAUUCUACUCCUCAUUUUUUAGUAAGGAAGAAAUGAGCUCCGUGCCUGAUGAUGUGUUUGAGUCGCCCCCACUCUCUGCCAGCUACUUCCGGGGCAUCCCACGCUCGGCCUCCCCGGUCUCCCCCGAAGAGGUGCAGAUUCCUCUGAAGGAGUCUGACCGAGCCCUGGUGCCCGCGGCCAAACGCGGCAAGCGUAUCGCAUCCAAGGUGAAGCACUUUGCCUUGGACCGGAAGAAGCGGCACUACGGCCUGGGCGUUGUGGGCAACUGGCUGAACCGCAGCUACCGCCACAGUAUCAGCAGCACCGUGCAGCGCCAGCUGGAGAGCUUCGACAGCCACCGGCCCUACUUCACCUACUGGCUGACGUGCGUCCACAUCAUCAUCACGCUGCUGGUGAUUUGCACGUACGGCAUCGCGCCUGUGGGCUUCGCCCAGCACGUCACCACCGAGCUGGUACUCAGGAACAAAGGUGUGUAUGAGAGCGUGAAGUGCAUCCAGCAGGAGAACUUCUGGAUUGGCCCCAGCUCGAGCAGCCAGGUCUGGACCCGAGCUCACUCCCCCCGCCACGCCCUCCGCCCCCAGAUUGACUUGAUCCACCUGGGAGCCAAGUUCUCGCCCUGCAUCCGGAAGGACCGGCAGAUCGAGCGGCUGGUGCUGCGGGAGCGAGACCUGGAGCGGGACUCGGGCUGCUGUGUCCAGAAUGACCACUCGGGCUGCAUCCAGACGCAGGAGCAGGACUGCUCGGAGACUUUGGCCACUUUUGUCAAGUGGCGGGAUGAUACGGGGCCCCCCAUGGACAAGUCUGCGCUGGGCCAAAAGCGGACAUCGGGGGCCGUGUGCAACCAGGACCCCAGAACCUGUGAGGAGCCGGCCUCCAGUGGUGCCCACAUCUGGCCCGAUGACAUCACCAAGUGGCCGAUCUGCACGGAGCAGACCAGGAGUAACCGCUCGGGCUUCCCGCACAUGGACUGCCAGAUCCGGGGCCGCCCCUGCUGCAUCGGCACCAAGGGCAGCUGUGAGAUCACCACUCGGGAAUACUGUGAGUUCAUGCACGGCUAUUUCCACGAAGAGGCCACGCUCUGCUCCCAGGUGCACUGCUUGGACAAGGUGUGUGGGUUGCUGCCCUUCCUCAACCCUGAGGUCCCAGAUCAGUUCUACAGGCUCUGGCUGUCUCUGUUCCUCCACGCUGGCGUGGUGCACUGCCUCGUGUCCGUGAUCUUCCAAAUGACCAUCCUGCGGGACCUGGAGAAGCUGGCCGGCUGGCACCGCAUCGCCAUCAUCUUCGUCCUCAGCGGCAUCACCGGCAACCUCGCCAGUGCCGUCUUCCUCCCGUACCGCGCGGAGGUGGGCCCGGCAGGGUCGCAGUUCGGCCUCCUGGCCUGCCUCUUCGUGGAGCUCUUCCAGAGCUGGCAGCUGCUGGAGCGGCCCUGGAAGGCCUUCCUGAACCUGUCGGCCAUCGUGCUCUUCCUGUUCAUCUGCGGCCUCCUGCCCUGGAUCGACAACAUUGCCCACAUCUUUGGCUUCCUCAGCGGCCUGCUGCUGGCCUUCGCCUUCCUGCCCUACAUCACCUUCGGCACGAGUGACAAGUACCGCAAGCGCGCCCUCAUCCUCGUGUCGCUGCUGGUCUUCGCCGGCCUCUUCACCUCGCUGGUCAUCUGGCUCUACGUCUACCCCAUCCACUGGCCCUGGAUCGAGUACCUCACCUGCUUUCCCUUCACUAGCCACUUCUGCGAGAAGUACGAGCUGGACCAGGUGCUGCACUGACCACCUGCCUGGCGGGGCCGGCGCGGCUGCUCCCGCGCAGCGCUGAGGACACGGGGACUGUGCCCGGGCCAGGCUGCCUGCCUGCACAGCUCCCACCCCCGCUCCAGAGACCCUGUGGGGCCGGCCCUGCUCCCAGGAGCUCUGCCCCGAGGAGAGGCUGAGUCUGUGGGAGACGGUCAUCAAGGGGGGGCUCCUUGGGGAACUGAGGCCCCCCUUCCCAGGCCCGGGCUGGGGGACACUCCAAGCAUGUGCUUCUCUGCAGCUCAGGGCCCAGGCCCUGACAUCACCCUGCUCCCCUGCUGUCAGGACCACUUCCUGGGGGGUGGGCUCCUUUCUUCCCAGGGUCCUGGGCUGCUGCCCGUCUCCCACCUCCGGCUCUGCUGGUACGUUCCCCCUCCCUGUUGCCGUGAGCUUGCCCUUCCUGGGGACCUGGCUGGGGUUCCCACCAGGUUCCCAGCCCUGCCUGGCCACGGCCCCUUCCUGUUUCCCCUCCCAUCUCUGCCCUGUGAGUCCACGCCCUGCAUUCAUCCGUGGCCUGGUGAGCCUGCCCAUAACGCUCCGGGUUCGAACCUUCUGGGACAGGGUUUGGCCAUGGUCUGGGGCAGAGAAGGAGCAAAGAGACACAGCUAGACUGGGAAGCCUAGAGCCUCCGCUGUUCUCAGCAAACAGAGGCUGAACCCGCCCCGCACCCAGGCCCCCCAGCCCCUCCCAGCCCAGGCCCUUCCUUCAAGUCAGUGUUCUGCCACCUGGGGCUGGACUGACGCCAGCCAGCCCACCAUCCUCUGCCUCACUCCUGCCCAGGCGAGGGCAGGGCCACCCCAAGGACCUGUGUCCAGGGGUUGCCCAAGGUCAAUCAGGCCUUUUUUUUUUUUUUUUACCAGUUUAUAUUAUGAUCCUAAUUUUUUUAAAGUAACGCUAACUUUGUAUGGACGAUGUCUGAAAUGUAUUAAAUGAUAUUCUU